GAGGCUGCGAGCUGGCUUGUAGGGGAUCCGCAUUUCAUUCGUGUGGCUUGGGGCGAGACCGAGCUGUGCUUUAAAAGUAAUUAGUGAAAUAUUCAUAAUGCAUACUAUCGAUUUUUUUGGUCAUGACACCAGUAAUUGAAUUAAAUGUGUGGUUGUUACACUCGCUAGUAAGGUCUGGAUGACACCGACGCAAACAGAAAUCACAAUGUUUACACUAGUUCUUAAAUGUCAAUACAUGUCUGUUUGAUGUGAGUAUACAGUUAUCGGACAUGAACUCUGGAAAAUGUCCGCAAAAAUUGUGUCCGGAUAUUUUCCAUAGUUAUUCCAAGAUUGUCCGAGUCAGACGUGUUCGCAGCGACAGGAACAUUUCUGGAACGUUCUGUGGGCGUCCGGGUAGAGCAUGCAGGCGGCGGGAGUGGGACAUGAUGAUAAUUCAGCUGUGGAAAGCAGUGUUGUUAUUCGCAGUAAUCAACACGCACCCACUUGCUCACUGACAAUUUCCCCAUUGGGAUUCUCACAUACAUCCCCUCAGGUUCAGGGAAAUGUCCGGACUUCAUUACAUGUUCUAUUUACACAUAAAGCAGAUAUGUAGCAAUAUUGGCAUGUCAUUUGGAGUAAUGCUUUUUGGCCACCAUCACUUUAAAAACUAUAUUUAGUCUCAUUUUUUUGCUCAGAUUUGGUCUCCACCAGGUCCUUAAGGAAAUAUCAAGCUGACUGGCACAACAAAAUGCACCUUUCACAUUACACAUCCAAUCGUUUAUGUGAAAAUAUAGAUUCAUUGAGAUUAACAUUAAAUCAAACAUGGAAAUUAAAAGAAGGGUUCAUGUUAAAUAUGGCCACUGUAUAGCUACCUACAUGUAUAUUUACCUUGGAAAUGUGUUGAUAGUUUUCAUAAACUUUAGCCAAGAGCACCUGUAAGAUCAACUUGGACAGUAUGAAAACCAGAAUAUCACCCCAGCCUAUUGUGGAGAGGUAAAGAACUCUCUAACUGUGCUGCCCACAUCUACCAAACUUUCUCGUCUGUCGUGAUUAAGAUGCUGCUGCCACAGUUCACUCUGUAAUAAUAUAAAACUCAAGGAAAGAUAGUUUGCGGCCUCAGAUAAAAAUAAAUAAGAAACCCUCAUGGUUACAAUUAAUCUGCCCAGUGAUCACAUCUUGCCCAUGAGGAACACGUCCCUUCUCCGAAUGAGAAAGUAAUUACGGUCUUUGCCACCUAUACACCCACAUAAUAGCACUUAGACCCUGUAAUUUUGUUUUCACUCUUCCUCAUGUCUCCAUCUGCAUAUGUUAAGUGUAGCAAUUACACGGGGAAAUUGCUUCUAACUACAUGGGGUUUAUAGGAUGGACAGUUUCUUUUCUUGGUAAGAGCAUUAAUGGAAACACGGGUGACGCCGUUACAUUGUUCUGUCUGCUUUGGCAUCCUAACUAAGUGCUUUCUGUCUCUUUUUUUUCUUGUUGCAAAAUUCUUUUGGCAAGAUUUGACCCCUUUGUCAAAGUCUCGUAUUGUAAAAUGUUCAGUCAAUUCAGAACUUUUAACGUUCAGAUUUGUCUAAUUCAUGUCAUUUAUUCGGUUUAAUCUGACGAUUUGGACAGCAGCUACCAUUUCAUCUCAUUGUUCAACAGUUUUAUUAAAAACAUUGUAAUUUAUGAUUUCAUAUUAGCAUGUCUGUUGUCAACAAGGACUUUUCAUUGAAACUGCAGAUAAGCCUUUUUUUUUUUUACACUUUUAGGACACAAACGCUACCACACAAAAUCAAAUCACAAAACUUUUUUUUUCAUUUGUUUUGUCUACAAAUUAUUCUGUUAUUUGCAGUAUUUUUUUCCAGUGUUAUACCCAAACCAUUUCUCAUUAUUGAAUUAUAUGCCGGUGCUGUUUCCAAGGAUGUGGUUUUUCGCAGAUUAAAAAUAAUGCUAUCUCUUACACUCCUAUCUGGCCAGGCAGGCAGUUUUAGAGAUAUCUCUGUCUCUGAGGUUUUUGCCUUUAUUCCAGUACAAUGAAGGUAAAUUGAAUUUGGCUUGUUGUUGCCACAGAGUUGAAAAAGGACAUUUCAUCGAUACUCCCGGUGAGAAAUCUAACUUUGACCGUUUUCAUUGAAAGUGCCGUCUUGUAGUUUGACAUCUUGAUUACGUUGAGUCAAAAGAGGUGUUUAUUUCAGAAAAACAAAAAAAAGCACAACAGACACAAUUCAAUUUACACACGUCUGGAGGUAACCGAGCACUCGCACGUAUGCGCUGCUCGACGCUUGUUGCUGGCGCGAUCGUCAUAACGACAGCAACCGAUCAUAGAGCCCAACACUGUCCAUGCCACGCCAACAAGAUAUGAACGCCACAGCCAGAUGUGUACGUAUAUACCACUGCCUCCUGUCUCUAGGCUCGGGCUCUCAGGCAGGACCCGUAUUCGCUCAAACGUGAUUUGAUUGGCUGCCGUUUGCUCUGCCGCUUAAAAAGAACACAUGCAGGGCAAGCGAAGCGACGGGACCGCGCCUGCAGUCCGACAACGCGUGACGUCGCCCAAAUUUCAAAGUGAAUGGGCCGCGUUUCCUCCAACUCGUACGUGCGAGUGUUCCGCAAGAGGGGGAAUAAGUUGGGUGGACCAAGUCGGUCCCAUAAAAACUGUAUGUUCUGAAGCUGUACCUCACAGCACUUGUGCAUAUGUUUCUCUCACCUCUCUUCACCGCUCUUAUGACUGCUACCGUUCACUGACUGCUGCCCCAGGACGCCCAGGCCUGUAGGACAUUCUCCUUUUUGCCUCUCUAGUCUCUCUCUCUCUCUCUCUCCCUCCGUCUGGCUGGUCUCUCCACCCCUCUGUGACCUGGGGAUGAACGCACCAAUGAGGAGCCUCACAGGUAUGCCUGAUCGCAUGUUAUGUGCAGUGCUGGAGCAAUUUCAGCUUUACUUUUCCCUUUGAUCCACUCUCUGUAUAGCACAGCAAGCCCCAGCAUGCUGAAGAGGAAACAGAGCUCACGGGUCGAGGCCCAGGCCAUGACGGACUUUGGGCCGGACGAGACCCUCGCGGACAGCGCGGACAUCUUCUGGAUCAACAAACCAUGGGUGCACUCCCUGCUCCGAGCCUGCGCCAUCAUCAGCGUCAUCUCCGUGUGCAUGAACACCCCCAAGACAUUCGAGCACUACCCCCCGCUGCAGUACGUGACGUUCACGCUGGACACGCUGCUCAUGUUCCUCUACACCGCCGAGAUGAUCGCCAAGAUGCACAUCAGAGGAAUCAUCAAGGGGGAUAACUCGUACGGGAAAGAUCGCUGGUGUAUGUUUGAUGGUUUCAUGGUGUUCUUCAUCUGGGUGUCCCUGGUGCUGCAGGUGUUUGAAAUAGCAGAUCUCGUGGAUCAGAUGUCUCCAUGGGGGAUGUUGAGAAUCCCCCGGGCGCUCAUUAUGAUCCGGGCCUUCCGGAUCUACUUCCGCUUCGAGCUUCCUCGCUCCCGCAUCACCAAUAUUCUGAAGCGAUCGGGGGAACAGAUCUGGAGUGUGUCCAUCUUCCUGCUCUUUUUCCUUCUGCUCUAUGGAAUUCUGGGUGUGCAGAUGUUUGGAACGUUCAACCAUCACUGUGUUACUAAUGAUACACAGAAAAAUAACGUGACAUGGAACAACUUGGCCAUCCCGGACACCCAUUGUUCCCCCGACGGAGAAGGUUACCAGUGUCCCCAUGGCUUCAAAUGCAUGGACCUGGAAGAGCUGGGCCUCAGCCGGCAGGAGCUCGGUUACAGUGGCUUCAAUGAGCUGGGUACGAGUAUCUUUACCGUGUAUGAGGCUGCCUCACAGGAGGGGUGGGUGUUCCUCAUGUACAGGGCCAUCGACAGUUUCCCUCGCUGGCGCUCCUACUUCUACUUUAUAACUCUCAUUUUCUUCCUGGCGUGGCUUGUCAAGAAUGUGUUCAUUGCCGUCAUCAUUGAGACUUUCGCUGAGAUCAGAGUGCAAUUUCAGCAGAUGUGGGGGUCGAGGAGCAGCACCACCUCCACCGCUACAACACAGAUGUUCCAUGAAGACGCUGCUGGGGGAUGGCAGCUUGUUGCGGUGGACGUCAACAAACCACAUGGCCGAGCGCCUGCUUGCCUCCAGCAACUGAUGCGGUCGUCCGUGUUCCACAUGUUCAUCCUGAGCAUGGUCGCCGUGGACGUCAUCGUUGCUGCUAGCAACUAUUACAAAGGCGAGAACCACCGCCGGCACUAUGAUGAGUUUUACCUGGCAGAGGUUGCUUUCACCAUCUUAUUUGACCUGGAAGCUCUGCUGAAGAUCUGGUGUUUGGGUUUCACUGGCUACAUCAGCUCCUCUCUGCACAAGUUCGAAUCUCUGCUGGUGGUGGGCACCACGCUGCACAUCUACCCCGACCUCUACCACUCCCAGUUCACCUACUUUCAGGUGCUGCGGGUGGUGCGUUUGAUUAAGAUUUCCCCGGCGCUGGAGGACUUCGUGUACAAGAUAUUCGGCCCGGGCAAAAAACUGGGCAGCCUGGUGGUGUUCACCGCCAGCCUGCUCAUCGUCAUGUCGGCCAUCAGCCUGCAGAUGUUCUGCUUUGUGGAGGAGCUGGACCGAUUCACCACGUUCCCCAGGGCAUUCAUGUCCAUGUUUCAGAUCUUAACCCAGGAGGGCUGGGUAGACGUCAUGGACCAGACUCUGGUGGCAGUAGGUCACAUGUGGGCUCCGGUCGUCGCCAUCUACUUCAUCCUCUACCAUCUGUUCGCGACGCUGAUUCUGCUCAGUCUUUUUGUGGCUGUGAUCUUGGACAAUCUGGAGCUGGAUGAAGACCUGAAGAAGCUCAAACAGCUCAAGCAAAGUGAAGCCAACGCCGACACCAAAGAGAAGCUCCCCCUGCGACUCAGGAUCUUUGAGAAGUUCCCCAACAGACCUCAGAUGGUGAAGAUCUCCAAGCUCCCUUCUGAUUUCACUGUGCCCAGAAUCAGGGAGAGUUUUAUGAAGCAGUUCAUUGAUCGACAGCAGCAGGACACCAGCUGUUUGUUCCGGCGUCUUCCCUCCGCCUCGUCGUCCUCCUGUGACCACUCCAAACGCUCCGCCAUUGAAGACAACAAGUAUAUCGACCAAAAGCUCCGCAGGUCGAUAUUUAGUAUACGAGCUCGUAACCUCCUGGAAAAAGAAACAACAAUCAAUAAAAUCCUGCGGGCUUGUACCAGACAGCGUAUGCUGAGUGGAUCUCUCGAAGGCCAGCCAACAAAAGAGCGCUCCAUACUCAGUGUCCAGCAUCACAUACGGCAAGAGCGCAGAUCAUUGAGACAUGGUUCUACAAGUCAAAGGAUCAGCCGAGGGAAGUCGCUGGAGACUCUCACCCAGGAUCAUUCCAGCACCGUACGCUACCGGAACGCCCAGAGGGAGGACAGUGAGAUCAAGAUGAUCCAAGAAAAGAAAGAACAAGCAGAGAUGAAAAGAAAAGUCCAGGAGGAGGAGCUGAGAGAAAACCAUCCUUACUUCGAUAAGCCUCUCUUCAUCGUGGGCCGGGAGCACCGCUUCAGGAACUUUUGCAGGAUGAUUGUUCGAGCUCGCUUCAACGCAUCCAAAACUGACCCCAUAACAGGAGCAGUGAAGAACACCAACUACCACCAGCUUUACGAUCUUCUGGGCCUGGUCACCUACUUGGACUGGGUGAUGAUCGUCGUCACCAUCUGCUCCUGCAUCUCCAUGAUGUUCGAGUCGCCCUUCACCAGGGUCAUGCACGUCCCCACGCUGCAGAUCGGCGAGUACGUGUUCGUGAUUUUCAUGAGCAUCGAGCUCAACCUGAAGAUCAUGGCCGACGGGCUGUUCUUCACCCCCACGGCGGUCAUCAGAGACUUCGGAGGAGUCAUGGACAUCUUCAUCUAUCUGGUGAGUCUGAUCUUUCUGUGCUGGCUGCCCCCCGACGUCCCCCCCGAGUCUGGGGCUCAGCUGCUGAUGAUGCUGCGCUGCCUGCGUCCGCUCAGGAUCUUCAAGCUCGUACCCCAGAUGAGGAAAGUGGUGCGGGAGGUUCUCAAAGGAUUCAAGGAGAUUUUCCUGGUCUCCAUUCUGCUCCUCACACUGAUGCUGGUGUUUGCAAGCUUCGGAGUUCAACUGUUCGCCGGCAAGCUCGCAAAGUGCAACGACCCGCACAUCCUCAAACGGGUGGACUGUCAUGGCAUCUUCAGAAUCAACGUCAGCAUUUCCAAAAACCUGAAUCUGAAACUGAGGCCCGGGGAGAAGAAACCGGGUUUCUGGGUACCGAGAGUCUGGGCCAACCCUCGUAAUUUCAACUUUGACAAUGUGGGAAAUGCCAUGCUGGCCCUGUUCGAAGUGCUGUCGCUCAAAGGAUGGGUGGAGGUCCGGGACGUCAUAAUUCACCGCGUUGGACCGAUCCACGGCAUCUACAUCCAUGUCUUUGUGUUCCUGGGAUGCAUGAUUGGACUCACUCUGUUUGUUGGCGUCGUCAUAGCAAACUUCAAUGAGAACAAGGGCACUGCUCUGCUAACAGUGGACCAGAGAAGAUGGGAGGACCUGAAGAGUCGAUUGAAAAUAGCUCAACCUCUCCACCUGCCCCCUCGCCCAGAGAACGGUGGUUUCCGGGCCAAGAUGUACGACAUCACUCAACAUCCCUUCUUCAAACGGGGUAUUGCCGUGCUGGUGCUGGCACAGUCAGUGCUGCUGUCAGUCAAGUGGGAUGUCGAUGACCAAGUCACAUUUCCCCUCGCCACCAUGUCGGUAGUCUUCACCUUCAUAUUCGUGCUGGAGGUCACCAUGAAGCUUAUAGCCAUGUCUCCAGCGGGCUACUGGCAGAGCAGACGGAAUCGCUAUGACCUGCUGGUCACUUCUUUGGGAGUCAUCUGGAUUGUCCUGCACUUUGCCUUGCUGAAUGCUUAUACCUACAUGAUGGGCACAUGUGUGAUCGUGUUCAGAUUCUUCACAAUAUGUGGGAAGCAUGUGACGCUGAAAAUGCUGCUGUUGACUGUGGUCGUCAGCAUGUACAAGAGCUUCUUCAUCAUCGUGGGCAUGUUCCUCCUCCUCCUCUGCUACGCGUUCGCCGGCGUCGUCCUCUUUGGAACUGUCAAGUACGGGGAGAACAUCAACCGGCACGCCAACUUCUCCACAGCGGGCAAGGCCAUCACCGUUCUCUUCCGGAUUGUCACGGGGGAAGAUUGGAAUAAAAUCAUGCACGACUGUAUGGUGCAGGCUCCGUUCUGCACACCAGAUAAACAUCGCUACUGGGAGACUGACUGUGGCAACUACGCUGGAGCGCUUAUAUACUUCUGCUCUUUUUACGUCAUUAUAGCGUACAUUAUGCUCAACCUACUUGUUGCCAUCAUCGUGGAGAACUUCUCUCUGUUCUACUCCACCGAGGAGGACCAGCUGCUGAGCUAUAAUGACCUGAGGCACUUCCAAAUCAUCUGGAACAUGGUGGAUGACAAACGGGAGGGUCUGAUUCCGACGUCGAGGGUGAAGUUCCUGCUGCGUCUGCUCAGGGGUCGGCUGGAGGUGGACCUGGACAAAGACAAGCUCCUGUUCAAACACAUGUGCUACGAGAUGGAGCGCCUUCACAGCGGCGGAGACGUGACCUUCCACGACGUGCUCAGCAUGCUGUCAUAUCGCUCGGUGGACAUCAGGAAGUCUCUCCAGCUGGAGGAGCUGUUGGCCCGGGAACAGCUGGAGUACACCAUUGAAGAAGAGGUGGCCAAGCAGACCAUACGCAUGUGGCUCAAGAAGUGCCUCAAACGCAUCCGGGCGAAGCAGCAGCAGUCGUGCAGCAUCAUCCACAGCUUGAGAGAGAGCCAGCAGCAGGAGCUGAGCCGCUUCCUCAACCCCCCCAGCAUCGAGACCACCGUGCCAAGCGAGGACCACAAUGCUAACAACCCCGACAACCCGUCACAGCCUGAGAUGAGUGGUCUCCAGCAGCUCCUGAGCCCCACGUUGUCAGACAGAGGCGGCUACCGGCAGGACUCCUCGGACCUGGGGAGACCUCAGAGGAAGCUGGGACAGUGGCGGCUUCCCGCAGGUCGCACAAGUGUCAAGUCCAUAGUGUGCAAGAUGAACCCUGUCAACGACGAGGCGUCCUCGGGGUCGGAGGUGAAGAAGUGGUGGACCCGUCAGCUGACCGUGGAGAGCGACGAGAGCGGCGACGACCUCAUCGACAUUUAGAGAUGAGUCGCGGUUGCUUCCUGCAGUUUUUCUAACAGAAUGGCUGCAAGUCUUGCUGAGCUCGCUCUAGUUGUGUCAAUUUCCGCUUCUCUCUCUGAAGAUUUUUCCUGAUCUGUGUUUUGUUUUAUUUUUUUUAUAAAUAUAUAUCCAGGUUCGGGGGUUUUCAGAAAGUGUUGACAGGAUAUCUGCGAGACACUUGUCGCCGCUGUCCUUUUGACAUGCAGUGGCGACUUCAUACCUCUGGAAUAGGUAUUACAUUUUUCCUCUGUGAUUCUCACUCAUUACGAUUGCCGAGGUUUUUUCUAUGCAGGUACAUGUGAUGGUUGAAGCAGACUGUGACGGGAAGGGACAAAGAAGCUGCUGCUGCUGCUGCUGCUGCUGUGUGUGUUUUCUACUGUUCUGCUGUUUCCUGUUUUCAAUAUUCCAACCCUGUAACCGUGCCGACGCAGCUGCCAUAACUUGUGACACCCCUUUCACGUCAACGCUCCGUCUCCCUCUCCUCUGUCUUAGUCCACGUGUCUGAUGACGCCUCUUUUGGUCGUCAGUAUUAAUGGAGUUUAUUAAUCAGUAUAAAUAUUUGAUUUUUCUUAUGGUGACUUUACACUUUGACCAGGACACUUGUUCUCGUUGGCAGAACAAGGUUUUGCUUUUAGAUCCAUGACUGUGAAUGUAAUUACAAAGGUAAAAAUCUAUCUCAUGUAUUUGUGUGGAGUUUAAACAUGAAAUAUUUUAUAAAUUAUUAUAAUCUCUAAGCUUCAUCGAGUAUUUAAUUAUUCUAAUAAAGGCCUGCGCUGCGUAGGCAUAUAUGAGUAAAA